UCGAAGGUGGAUGACAGUUUUUCGGUUCGCGAGAUUCAGGUCGGUCGGAUGUGUUCGAUGGAUGAUUUUCCCCUUGGAGCUGACGCGAGUUGAUUCCACCAAUUUGGAACAUUUGGAAUUGGUACUGACUGGAAUUGUGCCGUGGUAGAUUGGUCGGAAUUUAAGUGGCCUCAUCCAUCAGGCCUCGUUAAUCGUCGUAUUUCGAACUGUUGGCAAAACGCUGAUCGAUGUUAUUCGGAAAAUGGCAUUCCAACCAGGCUCAGCUGCAAAAGUGAAGUAAUUGUGUAACAGUUCCACCCCCACUGCUGGCUGGAGAGAGAAAAGAAAAACGGGAAUAAAGGUGAAAAUUUCAACCCCACAACACUCGAAAAGGAUAACGAAAUGGAAACCUUUUAUCAAAGGAGGCUGAUUUUGCAAAAUAAAUAAAAUCUUCGCAAACAUGGAAAAUCAUCUUUCAAUCGAAGUGAGCUGCCCAGAAAUUUUCAAUCCUUAGCAGCUGCAAGUCAGCUGGAAGAAACGAUUAUCAUCCGCCUACUACAAAAAUAGGUUUCUGGUAGGGAUGUUUCUGCAACUUCCAUCGGGGAGAUAAUUUAAGGCAUGAAGAAAAGGGCCGGGUUCAGACAUUCAAGCCAGCAUACAGGAAACGAAAACCUUGGAGCUGUUUUUCCACGCUUGGUUUCCAACUGAGAACAAGAAGAAAAAGCAAGCAAGAAUAAUGAUGUGAUUCGGUGCGUGGCUUAAUUGGCAGCCAGAAGAUUUUCGUGGAAAAUGUAAAUUUUCGUAAUGUUGGCUCGGGGAAAACUGGAAGGUAAAAAACAAAUGUGUGUGUGUGUGUUUGUGUGUGGGUGGGUAAAUUUAUUUAGCGAGCCUCGUUGUUAGUUGGAUGCUCUGCUAUCUGUGAGGGAGCCCCUUAAAUGCAACAUAUGGAACGUGAUUUUAGGGCGACUUGUAGGGCAUCAGCUGGUCUUGGACUUGUUUUCGUGAGCGGUAAAUAUUAGAAUAUCUCACACGGAGAAAAUUAAGUGACUGCCGGUGAACUGGUAAACGAUUUCGAACGUCUCGCUAGCUUCCAGAUGCUACACGUGAAAUAGUCGACAUAAGAAAUUUUCCAAAUCGAGCAAGAUGAUGAUGGACAUCUUAAGGUGGCUUCCGGGAGCCUGUGGCAGUCUGGGCCCGGCUCUGAUACCUCCAGCUCACAUCGCAGUGUUGUGGUACUUCUGGCAAAACUACUCGCGCUAUGUAGACAAACGAUUUUGUUCCUGCUCCUGCUGGGAUACGGUCUUCAAAGGAACCUACGAGUCCGGGAUCGCUUCCUACAAGCACAUGUACUUCAACGCGACCCAGAACACGAUGAAGAUGUGGCUGCUGAUCGUGAUUGGGGUGAUCGCGCUGUACGAGUGCACCAAAUACCUGACGCAGCUAUUGCUCCAGAACCGGGUCCGGUACACUAUGAUCGUGCUGUUUCUGCUGUCGAUCUUUUCCCACUACUACGCAUGGUGGGCCUAUCUGAACUACUACAACGACGAGUACUACAACCAAUGGAACCAUCAGCUGUUCUUCACUAUCACCGAACUCAUAUCAACCAGCGUGGUGCUGCACCUGGCCAGCGUGGACAACGUGGUGACGUCCCGGAAGACGCUUACGAUCGUCGGUAUCGCCAUCCUGCACAUUAUGGCCAGCGGCGUGGACCAGUUCAUAUCAAACGUGUUCCGAGGCGAAGGCUACCCACAUCAGGUCGUUCGAGAUUUGGGCUUCAUGAUACCGGAUGUGAUGCACCUGGUGCUUCCGCUGUGGCUGCUGCGGCAAACCCGGAUGGAAAGCUUCAGCACUCGGCCAUUCUACCGGGACCGGAACCUGCGGCGGGACGUUGUGCUCAUGUUCUUCAUGGUGACAGUAUUAUUCACGAUCUGCACCUUCCUAUAAGGGGGAAAGGGGAAGGCAGAUGCGGAAGGUGGGCAGCUUUUACCUUAGGAUUAAGCUAUACAUCGCUGAUUGUAGUGUAUGAAUAAGUAACUUACUUAUAGAGGACAGUGCAGCUCCGUUACGCUCCAAGAGCCAUCGUGAGUGAGUGUUGUGUUUAGAUCCAAUUUAUAACCCGUAACUGUAAGCUAUGCGUUUAGGCGAAAAUUAAACACAUUCUUCCAAAACAAAACAAAACUAGUUGCGUGAAAGAGUUCGUAAAAGUGAGGAAAUGACGCAUGUUUGAGAAUUUUUAGGAAUUACUUUUCUUAAAUAAGCGGCCGUAUGCGUCCGUUGCUGGAUCGUGAUUGAAAAUCAUUUUAAACCUUAAAUAGAUCAUACUAAGAAGGAUGCGUAGAUCAGUUAAAACAGAAGAAAGUUAGUUACCCUGCCCACAAUUAGAAUGUAAACCCGCUUCAAUGCGCAAGACUGUUAAUUAUUAAACCAAAAUGAAAAGAUUCUUUUUAGCUGAACACCUUCUUCAAUCGAAAACAAAAUUAUCAAACUGAGAAAACAAACAACGGAAAUCAAUUCAAAUUAAAUUGUGCUUCCCCAAAAUUUUUUGUGUGCGGUUUGCAAUUACUCGAUUAAAUUGCGAUCCCUGCCACGUCGUAAUGUAUCCACAACAAAUUUAUGUAUCUACCACCUACACAGCCUAGCGAUUAAAUGUGAACUUAACCAAACUUUUAGUCGGAAAUCCGUUUAGAGUAUCGUAAAUAGUGCCGAUUAGACAUAUCUUUCCAAUUUUCCUCCCAAUAUGUGUAGGUAUUCUCGUACGUACAUAAGAACAUACCAGCAUUCAUACCAUAUAUCAUUAGGCCAAAUGCUUCGGCAAAAACGAAACGAAAACGAGACGAAGCACGUUAACAGUGUACUACCAAAGAUUUUACGAAAAUUAAUAAAAAAAACCAAAAUAUGGCGAUAAACGCGGUAGAAGUCAGGUAGAAAAAAAGUUUGCCAGUGGAAAAAAUAAUUUGAUAUUAUGUUCAUUUAGCAAAUGAUUUUUCAAUAAUUUUGAUCACAUGUCGACUAUUGUACUCUCGAAAACUAUCAACAAUCGUAUGUUUUGGAUACAAAACGCAAUCACAGAUCGUUCACGUUUUGACUGACAGCCAGCACUUUUCGGACAUCAUCGACGUCAGAUCAUGUCGAGGCGCCAACAUCGAGUCGGACCAUUAUCUGGUGAUGGUGAAGAUGCGCCCAAAACUUUCCGUAGUUACCAACAUACGAAACCGACGCCCGCCUCUAAUUAUAUUAUAUUAUAUUAUAUCUAAAUGAAGGAUUUCUCUGAUAACGUUUUAUGCUUCCUGAAGCUUGACCUUCAAAAUUACUCAAAAUUUUUUGUUUGAUCGAAAUUAUGACAAAAUAAGCCAUUUGUCCUCCUUGGGCACUAAAACAAACUAUUUCACAUUUUAUCACUCCACCACAGCUUUCGCAGCUUCCACAGAUCGUCAGCCACCUCAAGUAAGGACUGUAUUAGAAAAAAAAAAUGCAACACUUUGUUUUGUGCAUUGCAUGCAUUGAUGCAUGC